AUGAGUAACCAUUUCUGCCAGGAGAUCUUGGCUCUUGAGGAGAUAAUAGUGGAGCUCUUGGGCUCCGAAAGAACAGAGGAAGUGAUUGACUACAAGGUCAGGUCUUUGAUGGCUGCAAAGGACAGGCUAAAUGAGAAGAUGGUUGAGAUGGAGGAGUACUACAUGAAGAGGAUAGAGUUUUACAAAGGGCGUGACGAGGCCAGGCUGAAGGAGCUGGAGAGGCACAUUGAGGCCUACGACGAGAAAUAUCUCAGGCUGCUGGCCAAGGCCAGGAAGCUCGGAAGCAAGGUGGAGAGGCUUGAGGUGGGAAACAGGCUCUUGAGGUCGAGAUCUGGGGGGAAAUGA